GGGACCUUGGAGUCAAAAAAAAAAAAAAAAAGAAAAUAUCUCAUAUAAAUUAAAAGAAGAUGAUCCAUAACUUUGAAAAAACGAACUUUGUUUCUUUAGUUUUGAUCUUGAUGGCGAAGCACUGUUGCUGCAUCUCCGCCAUUCAGUGGAAGGAACCGGUGCAGAACCCACAGCUGGCUUUGCCGAAAGUCACCUGCUCAGUCCGUGGGAUGAAAGCAGUGUUUGGUCCACUGGUCACAAAUAAUCUGUAUGUAAGAGACGUGUCAGGAACUACAAUUCCUUUACUUAAGUCAAGGGGGUCCUGUGGAGUGAGGGUGGGUAAAGAGAAGAACCAGAACCUGUCGUUUUUCAGUAGAUACGACAGCUGCUAUGCAAGGGUGGAGGGCAACAACGUGGUUAUCCCUCUGCUGGUCCAGAUGGCAGGAGAGAACCAGUGGAUCAGAGUAAAUAUCAGCUGUCCUCUGAUAAAAAGAAGCAGUCAGAAGACCCAGCCAAUGUCUUCCCUGGGCGAUUGUGAUGCUGAUAAAUCCCUGCUUAUAGACUGUGGCCACCAAAGCAUCACCAGUUACGCCUGCCAAAAACUGGGAUGCUGCUAUGAUGUUCAGGCUUCGGCCUGCUACUACAGACUUAACGCCUGCUCUCUGGAUGGACACUUUGUGUUCACGGUCAAGGCCACAGACACCUACCCACCCAUUGAUCCCAGCAGCCUUGUAAUCAAAGAUCAGCCUCACUGUUUGCCCGUGGUCUCAACUCCGGACACUGCUGUCUUCAAGAUGGGAGUCACGGACUGUGGUGCAAAGAUGAAGAAAGAUGGAGAUCUGGUGAUCUAUGAGGUUGAAGUGGAGGAGCAGAACAACAAAAACAAAAGACGUUCACCAUUUCGUCUUCAGAUUGAGUGUGAAUAUAAGGAAACGGAUUUCAAACGUGCAAAAGACUUGAGGUCCCUGUAUACAGUGACCAAUCCACCCGCUGUGGUUGCACAAGGAACCAUCACUGUGCAGAUGAGAUUAGCAACAGACGCUACCUUUACUACCUUUAUUCCCAAGGACCAGCUUCCUCUGAAACUGCCGCUGCGUGAAACGGUGAACGUGGAGAUUUCCAUCGUUCCUCCGUCCCCUGACCCCGCGCUCUCGCUUCGUGUGCGAGACUGCUUCGCCUACCCUGUGUCUAUGCACUCUGUGUGGACCCUACUCCACGAUGGAUGUCCCAACCCUCUAGACAACAUGAGAAGCUCCGUCCCUGUGGACAACCAGGGGAAGACCACCACUCACUCUCAAGUUAGGAGAUUUGACGUGAAGACUUUUGCCUUCCUGGACCCUGAUACUGGCAAACCAAGUGUGGAAAAGAUGUACUUCUAUUGUUGGGUGGAAAUCUGCACAGAAGACAUUGAUUGUACCCAACGUUGCACUAUCAUCUCAUCAGAUGCUGAGAGGCGCAGAAGACAGGCCACCCCUACAUCGCAUAAGGUCCAGCUCGUCUCCUUGGGGCCGCUUCAGCCGGUCCAAAGCUUACCUGAACCAGAUGGCAUUCAGUGUGAAAAUCUGAGCACGGUCUUCAGAGUGAUGCUCUAUGUUGUCUCUGGUGUUGGCGCCGCCCUGCUGCUGAUUCUGCUGUUUGCUCUUUGGUCGACCAUCCACAGAUGUCGGGGGACAGAGGGUUGAUACCGAAGAUCCCUUUUAAACAAGCUCAAGAAAUCUCACAUUUGUUUUCUCACAUUUUUUAACAGCUUUAUUUGUACCAUAACCGAAUAUUAAUUUGAAUUUAUUUAUUUUUUCAGAAAAGAUUGUUACAGAAGUGAAAUGAAUGGUGAUAGAGAACACAAAUGAAUUUUGAACAUGGAUUAAUUUUCGUUUGUCAUGGACAGAGACAUGUUUGCUACUCUUCACUGUUUUUGAUGAUUUAGUAGCAGAGGAAAUGAAAUACUGUAAUACUGAAAAUAAAGUGCAUUUCCAUUCUUG